AUGACGAAUCGCACUCUCGGGAGAGACAAAGCUCCAAUCUGCAUUGAACUUAACAAGCCACCUUUGGAUCCGGCCUUGGAAGAAGAAACGAAGCAACUUCGAUAUGCCAUGCUGCUAUCAAAGAUCAAUACCACACUAGAAAAGGAACAUCAGAAUGAUCCAAACUGCAAUAUCAGUGGCACGAAGGAUGAGCAUGGCCGAGAGAUUGAAGAAGACGAAAGUGACGUUAAUGAAGAUGAAAAUAAUGAUGAUGUUGACGAUGCAGAUGACGAGAAUGACGACAACGAUGAUAAUGACGAUGAUGAGGACAAUGAUGAUCAGUUGGGUAAUGAAGGUGUUCAAGAAGACGAACCCGAAGACAGCGCUACAAUUUUAAUUGGCCCUGACUAUGACACCUUUCCUCAAAGAUCUCCCUUAAGAAAAUUACCCUCUGAUAGUGAGGAAGAAUCUUCAUCUGCACAUUCCGAAGACCUGUCUCGUGCCAUAGUUCCACAUGUCCCAUCCAUGGACGAGACUCCGAUCAAGCAAGAGAAAGAAAAUGUGUGUGAGGGCAAACUGGAAGCCUCACCAAUUCUUCUUAGCUCAGCAAGUGGUGGAAAACGGGAAGCACCACCUCAAGAUGAACACAUGGACACGACGCCAACAAACAUUGAGGAAGAAUCUACUGCAGAGUCCCCACGGACUAUAAUGAACAUCAUGCGAGAAACUGUUCAUUCAGCCGAAACCAUUCAUAUGCAAUAUCUUGCUUUACGGCAAAAGGACACGAAAGUUUUGGAGGACUUAUGCAAAAAGGUAGAUCUCUUGAUGGCUGCCCAAUCUCAACCUCAGCCUCCACCUCCGGAACAGCCCCAACCGACUCACCAAGCUCAAUCUGAUCACAAAUUUCUUGAGCAAAUAGCUAAGAGACUUCAUGAACUGGACACCACCAUGAACAAAGUUGCACGGCAACAACACGAGCUCAAGCAUUCACAUUAUGGUCUAAAAGAUCGUGUUGACCUAGCCUGUACAAAGAUUGACACUUAUCAAGAUAACUCGUACCAACUGGGAGAAUAUGCCCUUCAAAUUCUCGGGUAUGCCCAGGAUAUCUUGCUUGCAAUCAAUAAGGUUUCCUCUGUUCCUCCUACCACCUGUGUUGAUGAUGCCAAAAAGGGGGAAAAGAGAGAUGACGACAAGGAUAAGGAUGAUGAUCAUCCGAGAGAUAUCACGAAAGAUCAGUGUCCACAAGCAAGACACUCGCCUUCUCGGACACCAAGAGACUAUGGCCGAAGGAACACAAAUCCAUCCCACCCUCCCUCAAGGUCUCGUGGUCACCAUUCCUCGAAGCCAAGAUACCAUGGUUGA